AUGGCAUCUGCUCUCUCCUUCAAGAUCUACAAGAAUGCCAUACUGUUCGCUGCCUUCCUAGGCACUGGAAAGGCGCAGCAAGUCGGCACCAACACCGCUGAAGUCCAUCCAUCCUUGACCUGGCAGAAGUGCACUAGCGGUGGCAGCUGUACUUCACAAAGCGGCAAAGUUGUCCUCGACUCGAAUUGGCGUUGGCUUCAUACCACCAGCGGCUACACCAACUGCUACACCGGCAAUACCUGGGAUACUUCACUCUGUCCUGACGAUGUGACUUGCGCCACCAAUUGCGCCCUCGACGGCGCUGACUACUCGGGCACUUACGGUGUUACUACUAGCGGCAGUUCGUUGCGGCUGAACUUUGUCACCCAGGCGUCUCAGAAGAACAUUGGCUCUCGCCUCUACUUGAUGGAGGACGAUAGUACUUACGAAAUGUUCCAGCUGUUGAACCAAGAGUUCACGUUCGAUGUCGAUGUAUCCCACCUCCCUUGUGGUCUGAACGGUGCCCUCUACUUUGUGGCCAUGGAUUCCGAUGGCGGUAUGUCGAAGUUCCCAGCCAACAAAGCCGGGGCGAAAUACGGCACUGGUUAUUGUGACUCCCAGUGCCCACGCGACCUCAAGUUCAUCAACGGGGCAGCCAACGUGGAGGGAUGGGUACCAUCUUCCAAUGAUGUCAACGCUGGCACUGGCAAGUACGGCGCUUGCUGUGCCGAGAUGGACAUUUGGGAAGCCAACUCCAUUUCAAAUGCUGUCACGCCCCAUCCCUGCGACACUCCGACUCUGGUCAAAUGCGAAGGUAAUGCCUGUGGUGGCACUUAUAGCAAUGACCGUUAUGGUGGUACUUGCGAUCCCGAUGGGUGUGAUUUCAACCCGUAUAGAAUGGGUAACCAGUCUUUCUACGGCCCGAGCAAGAUUGUCGACACCACUUCUCCCUUCACGGUAGUCACUCAAUUCAUCACCAGCGAUGGCACCUCCUCAGGCACCCUCUCAGAAAUCAAGCGCCUCUACGUGCAGAAUGGAAAAGUCAUUUCUCAGUCCUCGUCUACCGUCAGCGGUGUGACCGGCAACUCCAUCACUGAAUCCUUCUGCUCUGCUCAGAAGAAAGCAUUUGGAGAUACCGACGUUUUCAGCAAACACGGAGGUCUCGCGGGCAUGGGCGCUGGACUUGCAGAGGGCAUGGUUCUUGUGAUGAGUCUGUGGGAUGAUCAUGCGGCCAACAUGCUCUGGCUUGAUAGCAUCUACCCAACUACUGCCUCGUCCACCACUCCAGGUGCUGCUCGUGGUUCCUGUGACAUCUCUUCUGGAAAGCCUACCGACGUGGAAGCGAAUAACGCAGACUCAUAUGUCAUCUACUCAAAUAUCAAGGUCGGCCCUAUCGGUUCGACCUACCAGUCGGGUAGCUCCGGUUCCGGAACCACUACCACUUCGAAGACCACCAGUACCACCACUAAGACGACUAGCACAACCACCACGGCAGGAACUGGAGCUGCUCACUUUGCUCAGUGUGGUGGAAGUGGGUGGACCGGCGCGACUACCUGCGCCAGCCCUUACACCUGCCAGAAGCAGAAUGACUGGUACUCCCAGUGCUUGUAG